ACGCAGAGAAUCUUGUACCUCACGGCUUAAGAAAUGGCUUCGCUUUCAGAAUAUGCACUGCGUAUGUCUCGUCUAAGUGCCCGGAUCUUUGGUGAAGUGGCCAGGCCUACCGAUUCAAAGUCCAUGAAAGUGGUGAAUAUGUUCAGGGAGCAGCCCUUGGCCAAAAAGAAACAGACUUACGACUGGUAUCCAAAUCACAACAUGUAUUUUGCACUCAUGGGCACACUCCGUUUCCUUGGUCUCUACAGAGAUGAGCAUCAGGAUUUUAAGGAUGAGCAAAGACGUCUAAAGAAGCUCCGUGGAAAGGUGAAACCAAAGAAAGGAGAAGGGAAAAGAGCUACAAAAAAGAAAUAGUACCAGCUUGUCAAGAAAGAAAAUUUCUUCCUC